AGAUAACUAUGGCUUAUUAUCUCUAAAUAAAAUGAACUGAUCUAAUCCAAAUCGAAAACUAAAACUCUGUCUAAACCCCACUCCAAUUUUAAUCCCCAAAAGAGGAAAAAAAAAAGGUGUAGAUGCAUUAUUUUCGCGAGAGAUUACUGUAGUAUUCUAUAUUCAUAAUGAACCUGAAUGCUAUGCAUUUACUACUUCUUUUUCUUAUAUAGAAAAAUAUCAUUAGAUUUUCUGAAUAAAUGACAUAUACACUCUUUUAAUCUGUUCUUUCCAAUUGUGUAGUAUCUUUUUAUAGAAGAAAAUCUUUGCCUAAAAAAACUUUCCUAAAACUUUAAGUGAUCACACUAUAUAGUAGUAUGUUUUAGAUACAUUUGGAUACUAAUCCUUCAUAUCAAUUUCUUAAUUUUUAUAAUUAUGAAGAACACACUCGUAACAUUUUUCACACUCUGUUUGAGCGUGGCCGUUCUGGCAGCGCGUCACGAGUCCUACUACUGCAAAACCAAACCGGCUAAUAUGAAGGAGGAAAAAGUGACACGUGUCCGAUUCUAUCUUCGUGAUACCCUCAGUGGCCAAAACCCUACCGCCGUUAGAAUCGCACAUGCCAAUCUCACCGGCGGCUCAGAGUCUCCGGUGGGUUUUGGAAGCCUCUUUGCAAUAGACGAUCCACUCACCGUCGGACCGGAGAAACAUUCGAAAGAGAUAGGGAACGGUCAAGGGAUGUAUGUCUCCGGGAGCAAAGAGAUGAGCAAAUUCUCGAUUGUGAUGUACGUCGAUUUGGCUUUCACGACGGGGAAGUUCAAUGGAAGCUCAAUCAGUAUCUUCUCGAGGAAUCCGGUGGCGGAAGAGGCCGGAGAGCGAGAGAUCGCGAUAGUUGGUGGCCGUGGGAAAUUCAGAAUGGCGAGAGGUUUCGUCAAAAUAAAAACACAUAAGAUUGACAUGAAAACCGGUGAUGCUGUUCUCCGAUAUGAUGCUACUGUUUACCAUUAUUAAUAUAUAUAUAUAUAUAUAUAUAUUUAUAUAUGUUCCAAUCAAAAUAAUAAAAACGCCAACUACGUUAAUAAUUCAGAUUAAAACUGAUUUUUGCAGGAUCAUGAGAUUAUAAUUAUGUUGCAAUCAUUCUUUUCAGAUUAAAAUUGUUGUUUUACAAAUCUUUCGUGGAUAGUAAUAUUUGUGAUAGCGUUACAAAAGACAUGAAAGGGCCAAGUGAGUCUAUGAUUGAUUU